AUGCAACUCUCCCUCUUUGUCUUCGGCCUUCUCGCCAACGUCAUCUCAGCGGUUCCCACCCCCGAAACACAAUCGAUAUGCUUGAACGUACGAAAAAUGCAACCCCAACCCCAAAUCUACGGAUGGGAAUCCGCAUCAGAGUAUCUCGUGUUCCACAAGGGAAGCUACCCAUCAGUCAAGAUGUCUCGCACUCCCAACUUCGCUGAAUGCCCUAUAUACCCUGGUGCUGGCUACUCUUUGUUAGGCAACCUAUACAAUACUUUAAGUAUUGUACUUCACACAAACAUGCCAAUAGCGCGGGGGGGGUACGUGGUUUGCCUGGUCGUGGCCGUGGUCGUAGCCGUGGCGGUCCCCCCCCAUGGAGGACAACCUGCGCUGCCUCCUUUCCCCUCCGGUCCCUGUGGUUCUCGUGGUGGUAUUUCUGCCUGUGAAGCCCGAGCUGCUGCCGCCCUUGCCCUUGCCCUUGCCGCUCCUGCCGCAGCUGCCGCCCCCGCCCCCACCCCAUAUCUACUCAGCUGA